GUGUAUCCAGCGUGUUGUGAGUGAGUGUGAGCGGGUGUGAGCAAUCGAAGGUGUGUUGUGUGCAGCAGGUCUGCACUUUUAGACGAAGGCAUUUUUUUGUUCAGCUUUCUACCGAAAUCGAGUCAAAGGAUAUGGGUGACAGGAUCAACACAUUAUUUAAUAGGAUCAUUGAGAACCCGACACUUGCCGAUCUUAGCGGAAAAUCAACUAAUUUUGGGAGAAAGCUGAAAGAAAAAAAGAAUAAAUUGACAUUUUCCCCUGCUGCCACAUCCUCAAUGGCUAAAAGGUAUAAGCCAUCCAAUUCAAAUUUCACCAAGAAAAUCGUACUAUUGAUACAUGAAUCUAAAUGUCAAACACUUAAAGAGGAAUUCGAGGUGCUAGUGCCUGAAAAACGUGUUAAACAUUUCGGCCUCUUCUAUAAAACUUGGGACUCUGGAGACGUGCGAUGGCAGAUUGUUGAAUGGUUCCAGGACUAUCUCGUCAAUUUGGAAGACUUCGUUUAUUUAUAUUGCCCAGGUGGCAAUUAUUUACAAGAACUCCCUUCAGACGUCGAAGUCGAUGGAGAGUUCUUGAAAAGAGAAUUCCACAAGACUGCGUACAUCAGAAAAAUUAACUCUUAUGCUGUUGACGAUCCACUGGUGGAUGCAGAUGCUCCUACCGAAGAAAACAAUUUUCUCAGUGAAAUAUCUAUUUAUUAAGAGCCCAAUUUGCAUUCAAAGAAAAAAGUGUUCAGGACUUGCGUAUAUUUAUUGUGAAAGUGUAUGUCAUGGCUUGGUUCACCGCGCAACUGGCUACAAAAGCCCCGUAUCAUGACCUCCAGUUACUAACAAAGUUUCAUGAGUACCGUCAUAUUCAUGUUUCUACAUCUGGAGGUAGUACAGCAUAAUUAAAAAACCACCUAUGGUAUUUAAGUCCAAAUAUUUAAAUAAUAAUUUUAAUCUUUUUAAUUCCAAAGUGCUUUGUGAUGCUCAGAAACACCGUGAGAUAUAUGAUAUCACUAUGGAAUGCACAGAAAGAUGAUUAUUUCAUUGAAGAAAUCUCCCGCUUUUGAAGAUAAUGAGGUAAAACGUAUUUUCCACAAGGAAAUCGUAGGCAAAAUUGAGCGAACAUUCAGAGAUAAAGCUGCUGAAAUGUACUGUGGCUUUCUUGUGCGUGGCUUAACCUGCUGUACUUUGGAAUCACUUUCGAGAAAAGCAAAAGAACUGUCCACGGACCCUAGCUGAUGCUGCACUACACUGAGAAAAAACUAUGGCUUAUAAACCUAUUAGAGGUAAAUAUGGAACACCACUA